AUGUCUUCCCUCUCGAGAUCAGCAUCGUCUCCAUCCAGACCUUCUGCAUCUUCCCGGCCCGCUGGUUUGGGUCGUAGUCUCUCGGCAAAUCUGGAAAACAUCAGGUCGGAGGUGAUAUCAGAUAGCGAUGGCAACGGAGAAACGCAGGGCAGGCGGGCUAGUCUCCUUGCCGUGGACCGCAAGAGACGGUUGACCGCCACCGGGCAGGAUGAUCCUGCUGCACCACGGAGACAGCCGAUCCUGACGGGAGGGGAUCCUGGGUCGAGCCGUAGAGCAGACCUCCAGAGGCCCCUUCCCACGUUGCCAUCCAGUGGCGAUGUUCCUGGUUCCUCUCGCGCGACUGCCAUCGAUCUUUCAUCCUCUCCUCCCCCUCCUCCUCCGCCGGAUUCUCCGUCUCGUCAGCACAGCGAGAGUACUCCGACGCGGCAACGGCUGCGAGACGAUAUCAUGGAGUACAUCUUACCUCGCUGGCAGCCCGAUUCUGAGGUGACCCAUUGUCCGAUCUGUGGUACGCAGUUCAACUUCUGGUAUAGGAAGCAUCACUGCCGCAAAUGUGGCCGUGUGGUGUGCGCCUCUUGCUCCCCACACCGCAUUACGAUCCCUCGACAGUUCAUUGUCCGGCCGCCAGAUCAAAAUCGUCGGAGGUCAACAGGGGCGGAGAGUUCGGCCCAGGUGGUGGACCUCACCUGGGACGAUUCUCCGCAAUCGUCUUCCAACCCGGCGCUCGGCGGCGGAGAGGAAGUACGACUGUGUAACCCAUGUGUCCCGGAUCCUAAUCCAGAUCCGCCGAUCGGAUAUGGCGCCAUCCGAUCUGGCCUAGACCGUCUUUCCGAUUCCAACUGGGGAGCAACACUCCCCGCCCUGCCAUCGAGCCAUCCUCGACACCGGGCCCAUCAUUCUCUCUCCCGGGCAUCCCAGUUCUACGGACAACGUCCGGAUAUGGAGGCUGAGUCUGACGACCGUCGUGGUGAGAGUCGGACGGGGAAUUCAGGGGAGCAGUUUUCUCCUUCACGCUACGGAUUGCCCUACGAUUACCAACAAUCGCCGCCGGCGUAUUCUACAUCUCGAGGCCAAGCAGUAAGUGACAAGAAGAUGGGUUUCAGAUCUGAUGUUGUAUUAACAUUAUGCUUAGUUCUCGACCCAUCAGUCCGGCCCUCCUGGAACACACUUCCGGGAUGGAAUUUCCGGCUCCUCGAGCACACGACCCAACCGGGGGCGAUCUUCAUGGAUCCGGAGCGACCUCGACAUGCCUUUCGCUCCCAGCGGCCCCCCAUUGACGAGCGGGAUCUCUGUCCUAUCUGCAGCCAGCCCCUGCCGCCGCGCGGCAGUGAUGGCAACGAGGAAGCGCGUGAAGCGCACAUCCGCGACUGCAUCGAGAAUUCCUCUCGAGGAGCGCGCUCCCCGCCUCCAAGAGGGAGCCCAUCCUCGCAUGCGCCCCAUCCGAUGCGGAUGCUGUCAUUUACGGCCACGGAGAAGGACUGCGUCAACGAAGACGGCAGCGCGCAGGAGUGCACGAUCUGCAUGGAAGAAUACGAGGUGGGAGAGUCUCUGGCACGGCUGGAAUGCCUGUGCAAGUUCCACAAGUCGUGCAUUGUCGAGUGGUUCGAGCGCAAGAAGGAGUGCCCUGUUCAUAAGGUGCUUUAG